CCUCAACCAGAAAAAAGCCCCGCCCGGUGUAAUUUGCUUCGUUGAGUAUGUAAGACCUAUUGAGCACGCAUUGCCUCAAUCACCUCGCUCUCCCAACACCUCGACUACUUCUUACAAGGCAUUCCAACACUAGGAAACGAAUUGCGAUGAGUUAACUGUUAUACGUUAAGAAGCGUGUGUGAUGUCGAACACCAAGCCACCAUGGCCGCGUCUGCUUUGCGACGGGCUCGCUGUUCAGCAUGCAGAUGGCUCAUUCUCGUGUACUCAAUGCAAUAAAGUAUUUCACAGCAAGCAUCUUUACAAGCACAAGUGUUCCCUAGUCCACGUGCCGCUGGAGCCGUCAUGUGUGGACAGCGACCUAACAUGCAACACAGAUUAUGCUUCCUGCUUGGAUUUACUAGGCGAUGCAGUCGCAGAUAAGCUUCUUGCAUACCAACGUGACCUGGCGCAACGCUCAGUCCCGAUGAUGGCGCGCACCAAAGACCUCAGGGCCGUGCUCAUACAGCUGCGCAUACCAUUUGCCGAUGCUGUUUUCCCACAAGGCCAACCCUCCCCGCCGCCUGCUGCUGACAACUCGCCUCUUCCUAACAGCCCCAUGCUAGUGGAGACACGCUCCCCGCAGUCCCAGCCUUCACCGAUGGACGUCAACAGCCCAGAGGUAGAAAUGCGCUCUCCCGCUAGCGACCCAUCCAGCAGUGCGUCCCCCAACGUCUCAUCCACGUCUAAUAACGGAAGCGAGGCCGAAAGCAGUGGUUAUGACGACCACGGGGCAAGCCAUUCUACUGUUAGCGACAGCGUUGACGGGGAUGGCAGCGAGGAUGGCUUGCAUGGCCGCAGCAGUCCCGGUAGCAUGCAAGGAGGAGCUAGCCAUUCCACGGGUACCAGCGGCGGCAGCGGCAGCAGAGGUGGCGACAGUGGGCCGGACUCACUCCAUGACGACAGCUUGCUUGGCGGUGCCAGCGAUGGUGGGGAUGGCAGUGAUGGCCGCAGCGACCAUGCACUGCUAGCAUGCUGGAUGAGGAUGACCCGAACACGCUGCCUGGAGAAGACCUCCUCGACCAAACCGGAACUGACGACGACGGUCUUUCUUCCGUCAGCAACCAGUCGGACCACCUCAACCUGCCAGGCGAGGUCGACCCUUACACGUACAUUCGCAGGAUUCUGGGUCUUGACCAUGCGCCGGAGGCGGGGGCUGGCAUUGAAACCCACCCCGCGGCUGCAGCCACUGGAGGGGACCGCUGUGCGGGUGGUUGCAGCGGCCCACCAAUUAAGCCAGGCGGCAUCAGCUGGUUCCGCCACGGCCUCGGUCUCCCCGUUUGCAAGGUUGUCGAUAGAGAUGGUGCGCUGAACCCUAGUUCUGUAACUACCCGCGAGUUCGUCGCGGCUCUCCUGCAAUUCCAUAUGCGGAACCACAUUCCCACAACGGUCAUGGAGACCUUGCUACGCUUGUUUGCUAGCGUGGUCCCCGGUCCGCACUUCAUUCCUCCUUCACUGUACAUGCUGUCACAGCUCGCCGGUGUCCCUGACUGGCACCAGUUCCAGCCACCUCUGCUCGACCGAGGGUUGCCCUGGCCAUGUAUUUGAGCCAGAGCCAGAUCCCGCCAAGUGGGAGCAGCUACGUGACGAGUGCUGCCCACACUGCCAGACACCGCGCUUCAAGUCCGUUUACCUUGGAGGCAAGGAGCGUCUUGAACCCCGGCGGUGGUCCAUCGACUUCGGCCUGGAAAAUGUUAUCCGCGAGCAGUUUUUCCAGUCCGAGCUGUACAACCAGCAGCGCGGGCGAUGCCGGGAUUGCGGAGAGGACAGCGAUGGCAGCAGCUACUACAACGCUCCGGCCUUUCGUAAACUGGCUCUCGCCACCGACCACGAGGCCCAGAAGGCGACGGCCUCGACCUAUGACCUGUUCUUCGACUUCCUAGAGCCCUUUAAGGGGAGUCCUUACUCGGUCGGAGUGCUUGCGGUUCGUGCGUGUGAUGUGGCUGCCAGGGACAAGGGGAAGUCGCAGUUUGUAGCCAUAUUAUCCAUCAUACCCGGCCCCAGGCAGCCUCCCGUACUCACUCCCUACCUCACUCCCACAAUAGACGCGUUCCGCCAUCUAUUGACAAACGGGAUGGGCGUCACGCAGUCCUGGUGAGACAAGCUCAGCGGUAAUGUCGUCAGCGAGUCAUUCGUACACAGGGGCUUUCUAUCCGCCGUACUGGCCGACACACCCGCGCGCAUCAAGUGCGCCCUUCUCGCGGGUGUCGGUUCCUACAUAGGCGCGUGUAGCUACUGCUUCUUCCAGGGCACGUAUGUCCGCAAGCCCGGUGCCAAGGUCGGGGCCAUGCGCUACCUUGGUUACGAGCAGCCCGUGCCGCAAACAAUCAGGUUUGGCGGGGAGCCGAUGCUGGUAGGGGACCAUCGCCUCCUGCUAGACGACGCAGGACAGCGGCAGCGUGCUCGGCGUGUGGCGGCCCGCGCCUCAGCGGCUCUGGCUGCCCGUGGUACUCCCGAGGCCGGUCCUUUGCGCAAGAAGCUCGAGCUUUCCAUCAAGCACCAUGGCUGCAAGGGGGAGUCUGCCUUCACUUCCCUUCCGUAUGUCAACAUGCAGGACCUGUUCCUUGUGCCCGUCGCCCAUGCCCUUCUCUAUGGCGUUGUGGCUAACUUCUUCGAUGAUAUCUUCCGGAAGCCAGCUAAGGAUGAGGAGAAGGAAUUCACAGUGGCAGAGCGUGACAUCCGCGCCAUCAGGGAGAGAUCGUCGCACAUCACGGUAUCCUCCGACUUCGGUCGCGCAUACCGUUGUAUCAUAGUGCACAGGGGCGGGUACCUGCUGGAGGACUGGCUGCAUUUCUGCGAAACCUUUUCGCAUUACAUCUUCCGGGAUGUAACGCGGAAUGGGAUCAAGUCACCUGUUCUGCCGCCGCCAGUCCGGGAGAUGUGGCAGCAUCUGCAGGCUGCAGUUGGCCACUACUUCAGGCCGCUGCACUACAAGACCCGUGCCGACUUUGUUGCCGCCUCCAGGGCGGCGCACGAGAGCCUCGUCCAGUUUGCCAAACUCGCGGAGAGGCGUGGCUUCCCCGGUCACACCUUCUCGGUUAACCUGCACAUAUGCAUCUGCAGGCUGCGCCUACAGGAGAAACAGCGUGGGGCGGUUGCCGUGGACUUGGAGUUUGCAGUGGAGCGUGUGAUGCAGCGCUUCAAGCGCAUUGCGGGGUCUCAUGUAUCAGCACGGAUAGAAGCUCAUUUCGCCAAGCAGCUGCUGCUUGGGCUUGCCCUCGACCGUGUAGCGCGCGAGAACCCCAGCAUGCGUACCUUGGACGACAUCCUAGGUAUCCAGGAGCGCAAGUACAGUGGGCCGCAUUACGACAGCGACGAUGGAUCUGGGGUCCUCCUGCGCGGAGCAGGUAUCCCGGUGUCAGGGCUGCGCCCCUUGGAAGCCGAGGAGAUAGCAGAAGCAGUAGGCGAAGCGGCGAAUUUUGAGCUCGAUGCUGAUCUGCAGCAGUGGGUAGCUGCGGAGAGGCAGCGUGGCCGGGGGGCUGUGCGUCGACUGGACAAGCCAUCACUGCUGGCCGCGCUUAGCAGCAAGGAGCCAGCGGCUCUGGUGUUUACUAGAGCAGAGGUCAACGAGGAGAGCCUGUUUAGUGCAUGGUACGGAAGGGCGCGGACACGGGUGUCCAACAACGUGCUUGUAGUCUGGGAGGAGGGGGGUGUUGAGGUGCCUUACAUUGCUGAGAUCAAGUACUUUGUCAAGUUACCAUGUGGGGUGCGCGCUGCGGGUCGCGAAGUGCAGCGCCCCGUGAGAUUGGCCAUAGCGUCUCUCAAGCGCGCUCGCUUGGAGGACGGUUGCUAUGUUACCCAGCAGGGCGAGGCAGGCUAUUUACGCUUUGCCAUUCCCACCUCGGCCCUUGCCGCAAAGCUCGAGAAGGUCAUAGUCGCACGGUCGCCGUCGGAGCCUGGCAUUUCUUGCUAUAUGACAUACCUGCAUAUGACGUGCAGGUGAGCGUAGGUAGGGAGGUGCCGCUGUGACCAGGGCGUGCGAGCAGGGGGAGCGGGGUGUGCGUGAACCGCUGUCUUGCAUACUUUACCGCAUGGGCGGUUAGCUUUGCGUGCGUGUACGGCGCCACGGCUGUAUUAGGGGGGGAGGUGCCGCUGUGCAUGCGCAUGUGCAUGUGAGACCAGGGCAUGCGAGCAGGGGGAGCGGGGUGUGCGUGAACCGCUGUCUUGCAUACUUUACUGCAUGGGCGGUUAGCUUUGCGUGCGUGUACGGCGCCGCGGCUGUAUUAGGGGGGGAGGUGCCGCUGUGCAUGCGCAUGUGCAUGUGAGACCAGGGCAUGCGAGCAGGGGGAGCGGGGUGUGCGUGAACCGCUGUCUUGCAUACUUUACCGCAUGGGCGGUUAGCUUUGCGUGCGUGUACGGCGCCGCGGCUAUCAAAACGCU